GGCUGCCAGGUGAAGCAUGUGGCGAGGAUGAACCUGAUACCUUCAACCUGACCGAUGCGUACAGGAGAGCAGCCCCUCAGCUGUUAAACGAGCUGGCUCUAACACUCUCACAACAUAAAUCGACUGAGGAUGGCCGGAUUCCUCCUGGGAUUAUGAACAUUCUGAAUUACUCCUGGCAGGAUUUGGCUGCAGGGGCGGUGCGCCUGAAAAGUCUGGAACACAAUGUCAAACGGCCAAACGAGUCCCUGAAACCGGAUGAGGCCCCACGUCUAUUGUCCGCCAAUGACAAGAGAGACAGAGAAGUCCCACUCGUGAUCUCAAAUCCACACAUGAAAAAGCGAAAAUGUAACUCCAGUAAAGCAGCUCAGACCUCUAAAACUCUCAGAUUCUCCCUGCUUGUGCCAUCUGACAGCUAUAAAGAGCAAGGUUGGAUUGUUCAUCAGCUUCAUGAACAUGAAGAGUCCUUCCUUAUUGAGCGUAUCCAAUUGUGUCAGUGGGUUCUGGAGCGACUGCAGAUGGUCAAAAAUUCUGGAAGCUCACAGGGCCUGAAGAAGCCACUGAUACUUCGUCACUAUGGUGAUUCUCAGACGUCGCUGAAGGCUCAUACAGCUGCUGUCCUGGUCAACAGGAUACCCUGGAUCCCAGAAGUGAAGCAGCCAGCACCAGCCCAACUGAAACUACAUUACAGAAGCAACGAUGGCUCUUCCUUCAUAUACUACCCCACUGGCCGUAUGGCAGUGUGCCAGAGCCGCUCAGGUCUGUCUUACAGAGGAUUCUACACCAAUGUGUUCAGUGACAGUGGGUGUCCCAUUAUUCUGGCCACUAUCACAGCAUCUGGACGUGGCACUGUGACACACCCACUCAGCUCCACCAUUACUGCAGCAUGGGACCAAGAUGGUGGAUUCAUAUGGGACUGUGACAGAAACAUAUCUAAAGAGUGGGUGUGGCAGUCAUACAACACUCUGAAGGAGAGGGUCAUCAUAAAGGUGUCAGAUCUGAUCUCAGUGCAGUUAUUCAGCUGUAAAUGUGCGACUCUCAGCUUCAAAUGCAACAAUGAAAAUGUUCAGCUUCGACUUUCUGCCCUAUCCAACAUCAACUCAUCUAAAGAAUCGCCGUGUUUGCAGACUGAGGAGAAGUUCACCUCUGAUUACGCUCAAGAUCUCCUGCUGGUUGGGAAGGACAAGUCGCCUGUACUGGUUGUGGGGAACAAGAGGAACCUGAUGCCUCUAAAAGGACUGAAACCGGGGGUUCUCCAGAUGGUCCGAGAGGUGCAGGGGCUAGAGGAGCCGUCAGUGCAGUCGAGAAGAGGAGGACAUGUUGGCAGCGAGUUGAGAGGACUUCAGCAGAGAAUACAAAACAUCCUGAGUGAAUGGCUGGACUACUAUCGCAUGGCUCUUGGUAUCAAAUGUCCUGACAUGGAGCAGAUGCCAGGUGCCCCGUUGAGGUCCAGGCUGAGGAGAAAGGUACAGACAGCUGCACUGCCCUCUCUGAACCCACCUGAGCAUGCAGAUGCAAAGCUGGUCUGGCCAGAGGAUGGCAGGAAUGAGUUACAGCAGCUGCACAGACACCUGUCUACACCAGCACAAAGAUCAGCCAGGUCCUCAGUCAGGCAGUCAAGUCCACAUCAAAAGAAAACAAACGAGGAGUGUCAUCUCACACUGACUGGACCCCUUCGCAUUUAUAGCAACAUCAAACUCAAGUAAAAUCAGUGUAAAUACAUGCUGGCAAUUGUCAUGUUUGUGUUGUGGGUUCAUCAUGAACGACACCAUACUUACUUGAAGGGGUAAUUUAAUG